UAUAAUUAAUUCUCCCUCUGUUUCCCUGAGCAGCCUGGCUCUGUGCACCAUGACUGCAGAGCUGCUUGCUGAUGAAGAUGGGUUCUACUCCAAGGCCCAGAAAUACUGGAAGAAUAUUCCCGCCACAGUUGAUGGAAUGUUAGGGGGCUACGGGCACAUCUCCAACAUUGACAUUCACUCCUCCAGGAAGUUUCUGCAGAGGUUUGUUGGGGAAGGCUCUGGGAAAGCAGGGCUUGGCUGUGCGCUAGACUGUGGUGCUGGGAUUGGCAGGAUCACCAAGCGACUACUUCUGCCAAUGUUUAAAGUUGUCGACAUGGUGGAUGUGACAGAGAGCUUCUUAACCAAAGCAAAGGCCCACCUGGGGGAGGAAGGCAAUCGUGUGGGUAACUAUUACUGCUGCGGUCUGCAGGACUUUGUCCCCCAGCCCCAGCGAUAUGAUGUCAUCUGGAUCCAGUGGGUCAUAGGACACCUGACGGACUCCCACCUUAUCCAGUUCCUCAAGAGGUGUCAGAAGGCGCUUUGUCCGAACGGAAUCGUCUGUGUGAAGGACAAUGUGAGCCAGGAAGGGGUGAUUGAGGAUGAGGUGGACAGCAGUGUGUGUCGUGACCUGACCUCCCUUCGGAACAUUGUGCGGCUGGCAGGGCUCCGCGUGUUGGCCGAAGAGAAACAGGACAACUUCCCCGAUGAGAUUUACCAGGUGUACAGUCUGGCUCUGAGGUGAAUCUGACUGAUCCCGUGUGGCUGGGGGUGGGGAGGGCUGCUGGACAGGGACAGGGAGAGGGAGGGGAGAGGGAGAGGACACAGCACCGAGCCUGCAGAGCUGAACCUGACUCAAUGGCAGCUCCCCAUCAGGAGCUGCAUUCCUCUUUCCACCAGGCCGAUCCAUCCAGCUGUCAAGGGAAACAUUGAAAAGCAAUAUAGAGAGUGAGAGAGCGAGAGAGAGUGUUCCAGAAGAUUAAUGCACUGGUUUGGAGUCUGACCAAUCGCAUUCAAAUGAGCCUGUGUGUUUCUUCAGAGCACAGGAAGAAGUGAAAGCUGGGAAAUCUGGGAAACAGUGUGUCUCACCAGAUGAGCUGGAAUCCAGCUCCUUUUCCCAUUCACUAAAAGCUUUGAGUUGGACAGCAGAGAGUCCCAGUCUGGAAUGAAGCUGUUAACCCUGGCUGUGAGAUCGGCACGGUGCUCUGAGCUGGUGCAUUUUAACCCAGAGUCCAAUCCAGCCAGCACUUCUCAAACAACACCCCAGAAAAACAUCAUCUGCUCAUUCAUCACGUUGAUCUCUGUCGAACUGAGCUCUGCACUAUGUGGCUUUCCUAUUUGCUGUUAGAAUAGUGACUGCUUUUCAAAGUAAGUUGUAGUAGUUGAAGCACUUUGGUGAUUCCUGAAGAGCAGUACUCCCUUCAUCUCAUCACAUCGGCACAACUCUCAAACUACAGGGUUCUUCUGUCUCUUUUGACAAUCCACCCUGAGGUCACAGUCUUCCAUUCUCUACCUUCCUUCCCUUCCCCACUCGCUCUGUGUGUGUGUGUCUCUCUGUGUCUCUCUCUCUCUCUCUCUCUGUGUCUCUUUCUCUCUGUGUGU